AUGGCCACGCUUCUGCGUCGCGUCGCGGGCGAUUUUAGACGGAGUAGCGGCGCGUCUGGCGCCGUGAAUCGCGCUGCCGGGUCGUUCCAGAGCGGUUUUGCCGCGCAUCCACGCAGUCUCCUAGAUGUCCUCGCGCUUCGAUGGGCCAGCACGCUGGUACUGGCGGAGCACACGGGGAGGGGCGCGGGGGGCUCCGCCGCGGCCUUAAAACUGCCCACGCUCUCCGCGGUGGCGGCUGCACGGAAGCUGGGCGGACCAGUGGCGGUGCUGGUGGCGGGCAGUGGCGACGCGGUUGCUGACGUGGCAGCUGCUGUGGCGAAGAUCGAAGGGGUGGAUGAGGUGAUUACAACAGAGAGCCCCGCCCUGGACCACACCCUGCCCGAGCCCCUGGCGGCGCUACUGACAAACCUCGCCGCCCAGCGGUCCUUCUCGCACGUGCUUGCCGCCUCGUCCACCUUCUCCCGUAACGUGCUGCCACGUGUCGCCGCGCUAUUGGACGCUGCGAUGGUGUCUGACGUGGUUGAAAUCGUGGAUGAGACGACCUUUGUGCGGUUGGGAGGGGAAUGGAGGGUAAUGAUGGGGAGGGAGGAAGGGGAGGGAAAUGCGGAGGAGGGGGAGUGGGAGGGGAGGGGCGGGAAAGAUGUGCAAGAAAGGUCCAAUCUACGCAGGGAAUGCUCUAGCCACAGUGCGCUGCUCCACCCACUGUGCCGUCCCAACGCUGCUCACUGCCGGCUCUGUCUCCUUCCCUCCCUGCUGCCUCCUUUCUUCCCCCUUCCCCCACUGUCGCAACCCCACAGUCCAAUCUACGCAGGGAAUGCUCUAGCCACAGUGCGCUGCUCCACCCCUUCCCCCACCACCCCAACGCUGCUCACAGUCCGAGCCACCUCCUUCCCGGCCGCUUCCUCCCCCUCUUCAGCCCCUUCUGCCCCCAAGACCACGCCGUUUGACUUCCAAGGUAAGCUCUUGCCACACACAGUGCGCUGCUCCAACCCCUCCCCCGCCAUCCCAACGCUCCUCACUGUCCGCGCCACCUACUUCCCUGCCGUCUCCUCCUCGUCCUCCUUGUCUCCCUCUGCCCCCAAGACCACGCCUUUUGACUUCCAAGGUACGCUCUGCCCCACUCCUCACCUGCUCCUUGCUCUGCCAUGGACCAUGUUGUCACUUGUGCUGAGCUGCAUGCACUUGCCCCGCUCCUCACUUGCCCCGCUCCCCACUUGCCCCGCUCCCCACUUGCCCCGCUCCGCACUUGCCCCGCUCCUCACUUGCCCCGCUCCUCACUUGCCCCGCUCCUCACUUGCCCCGCUCCUCACUUGCCCCGCUCCUCACUUGCCCCGCUCCUCACUUGCCCCGCUCCUCACUUGCCCCGCUCCUCACUUGCCCCGCUCCUCACUUGCCCCACUCCUUACUUGCCCCACUUCUCACCUGCCCCACUCCUCACCUGCCCCUCUCCUCACCUGCCCCACUCCUCACCUGCCCCCUCUCCUCACCUGCCCCACUCCUCACCUGCCCCCUCUCCUUACCUGCCUCCUCUCCUCACCUGCCCCCUCUCCUCACCUGCCCCACUCCUCACCUGCCCCUCUCCUCACCUGCCCCACUCCUCACCUGCCCCCUCUCCUCACCUGCCCCACUCCUCACCUGCCCCCUCUCCUCACCUGCCUCCUCUCCUCACCUGCCCCCUCUCCUCACCUGCCCCACUCCUCACCUGCCCCUCUCCUCACCUGCCCCCUCUCCUCACUUGCCCCGCUCCUCACUUGCCCCGCUCCUCACUUGCCCCACUCCUUACUUGCCCCACUUCUCACCUGCCCCACUCCUCACCUGCCCCUCUCCUCACCUGCCCCACUCCUCACCUGCCCCCUCUCCUCACCUGCCCCACUCCUCACCUGCCCCCUCUCCUCACCUGCCUCCUCUCCUCACCUGCCCCCUCUCCUCACCUGCCCCACUCCUCACCUGCCCCUCUCCUCACCUGCCCCACUCCUCACCUGCCCCCUCUCCUCACCUGCCCCCUCUCCUCACUUGCCCCGCUCCUCACUUGCCCCGCUCCUCACUUGCCCCACUCCUUACUUGCCCCACUUCUCACCUGCCCCACUCCUCACCUGCCCCUCUCCUCACCUGCCCCACUCCUCACCUGCCCCCUCUCCUCACCUGCCCCACUCCUCACCUGCCCCCUCUCCUCACCUGCCCCACUCCUCACCUGCCGCCUCUCCUCACCUGCCCCCUCUCCUCACCUGCCCCACUUCCAGUCCCACCCCUUACCCUGCCAACUCAACACUGCACGUCCUUCCAUUCCAGCCCUUCCUCCUCCUGCCCCUUCCCCCCUCUCCCUUCUUUCUUCCCCCUUCUUUCCCCCCAUGA